UGAAACGUUUCCGUACCAAAGAACGGUUCACGUGCCCCUUGAAAAGUAUCUUCUCUUCGCCUCUCCUGCAACCUCUACGCAUAUUUUUUUCUCGUGUUUUUCGUCUUCGGCACUUCUUCACUGCUCAAGGACUUUAGCCUCAAUGCGCCGUAAAUUUGUUUGUGACGUCCAGGCGUCACCGUACCGCUGUAUGGUGUUCGUUCUUGCUUUCUGACACGUCAGCGAAGCGGCCCUGCAAAGGCAGAGAGAGCAACAGAAGAGAAAGUUCAAACUGGCACAUCUCAAAAAGCAUCACUGCGGCGUCAGACCGCGUGAGUGAGCGAGGCGCGAGCUACAUCGGCGAUGUAGAAGAAGAAUCUUCCAGGCCUUCGACAUGGCGCUCGCCUAUCUUGCGUUCUGCCUUGCCGGGCUCCUGGCUGGACAACCGUGGACGCUGGCGGCAACGCAGAGAGCACCAAGCGUGGAUUCAGUCAGAGGACACAACAGGUGUGGCCUGAAUGCAGACACCAAGGUGGUCGACGGCACCACGCUGUCCUCCAACAAGUACCCGUGGGUGGUGCGCAUCUCGACCUACUACACGCCCAUCGAGGGGUUCGACCAGAACGGCACGGACUCAUGCUCCAUCCUCAAGACCGAAAUGAGCAAGAUGAGCAGCGCCCGGCUGGUCAGCAAGAACAUGCAGACCAUCGUGUCCCUGUGCGGUGGAACGAUGAUCACCAGGAGGCACGUGCUCACCGCCGGACACUGCCUGCUGCCCGAGUGA